UAGCUAAUACAUCCAUGGCUGUAACGCGCGCUGCGAGUUUGGACUGCACGUUUUGCUAAAAGUGUUACUUUGAGCGUCAUUACAAUGUACAGAACACUUUCAAGAUAUGUCAUUUGUGGACGUGGAUACAUUUUACAUUGAGAACAGUUACAAAAUGAGUGCUUACGGACAUUUGUAUUCACGUGUAGCCCGCGUGGGUCACUCCUCUUCACCGUGACACGUCUUUCUAAAGGUCCGUUAACCUCAUUGUUUCCAGCCAUUUCUCACAUCCCACAUUCAGUCAGCUAAAACCGAGGUUUCGUUGCUAAGAUAAGUAGCGGACUCUCCGGGCAGAGGGACGCGGGUUCAGAGGUUGACAUGAACCCGCCGAAGAGGCUCCGCACCACAGGCAAUGAAGCAGACGACAGGAGAGCAGUGGAUGUGAGUGUUAUCAUGCCAAUGUACAAUGCAUCCUGUUGGCUGGACGAAUGUCUGCAGGCCAUAUUACACCAAGACUUCACUGGAACCAUGGAGCUCUCUGUCUUUGACGACGCAAGCACUGAUGACUCAAGGAACGUGGUGGAGCGUUGGAGGGAGAGGUUGGAGGCGAGGGCCAUCUCAGUAGUGGUCUCCGGCCACAACUCUGCCCAACCCAGAGGAGUGGGAUAUGCAAAGAAUAAGGCAAUAUCCCAGAGUUGUGGACAAUACUUCUGCUUUCAAGAUGCGGAUGACGUUAUGUUACCGCAAAGAGUUCGUCUGCAGUAUGAGGCAUCUACCCUCCACCCAAACUCUCUGAUUGGUUGUAAAGUUCAGAGGGUUCCAGAGGGAUCUACGGAGCGUUACACUCGCUGGAUCAACACAAUCACUCAGGAUCAGCUGAUCACACAGGUGUACAUGUCUCAUGGGCCCACAGUCGUCAUGCCGACAUGGUUCUGCUCAAGGAACUGGUACCUAAAGGUCGGACCAUUUGAUGAGGGAGGCAAGGGAGUCCCAGAGGACUUGCUCUUCUUCUACCAGAGUCUUCGUCAGGGAGGGGGCGUGGCCAGGGUCGAUCAGUGCCUGCUGGUGUACCGUUACCACGAGAAGGCCACCACGCACUCUGUAACAGAGGAAACCAUUUGGAAGCUGCGAGUGGACUUCCUGCAGGAGAGAGUUCUCAGCCAAUGGGAGAGCUUCACCAUAUGGAACGCAGGGAAACAGGGCCGGAAGCUGUACCGAAGCUUGAGCCCGACCAAUCAGAAGAAGGUGAAGGCUUUCUGUGAUGUUGAUGACAACAAGAUCCAGAAAGGCUUUUACACAUACGAGGAAUCCAAGCAAAGACCUAAGCCAAAAAUCCCAGUUCUACACUACAAAGAUGCCUCUGCCCCCUUCAUUAUCUGUAUUAAACUGGACAUGACAGGAGGCGUUCUGGAGGAAAACCUUAACUCUCUGCAGCUAAAGGAAGGAAUGGAUUACUACCAUUUCAACUGACAGCUCAGUGUGACGGAGACAAGAGAAGAAGCUCUGCAGCUUCAACAGGCUCAGAGGAACUGAGUAAUAGGCAGGUGACAACAAGAGAAAAGCGAACUGAACACUGUGACAGAGUCAAUGACAAUACCAAAACCACAGAAAGAUAUGUUAUAAUGUAUUUUAAGUGUUAAAAUAUGCUUUUUAUGUGUGGGAAAGAGUGUGAAAAUUGAACAUACUCAAAAGUUGGCAAAGUUUACAAAACUGUACAUCCCAGCCCUGUUUCCUCUGGCUCACAAAACAGCCCUGGGAUAGUUAUUAGCUAUUGUUGUUAGAUGAGAAAAACAAUACCACUUCCAUAUCUGUUCAUUAAAUAUGAAACUACAGCCAGAUUAGCUUAGUUUAGCAUAAAGACUGGAAACAGGGGGAAACAGCUAGCUUGACUCUUUCCAAAGGUAACAAAAUGUGCCUGCUAGCACCUCUUAAGAGCACCAAUCAACACGUUAAAUCUUAAUCUGUAUGGAAAACAUAGUGUAAAAAUGACUUUUUGAAUUUACCAAUUUUCUUCAAUAGUCUUUAUGCUAAAAUAAGCUAACCUUCUCCUGGCUGAAGCUACAUAUUUAACUGACAUAUACAUUAUAAGAGGGGCAUUGAUCUUCUUCUCAAAUACAGGCAAGAAAACUAAUAUGCUCAUUUCCCAAAAUGUCAAUCUAUUCCUUUUAAAGGUUUGAACAUGGGUGUUUAGGCUCAUACUGUAGAGUUAACUAUAACAUGACCUAGAGUUAAAAGAGAUGGAAAGAAAGAAAACAUGGAGGGAUGAUUUAGUAGUUGAAUUACAAAAAAGAGGGCAAUUAGGCCCUUAUGUAUUUCUCUUCGGGGGACAGCUAUUUAUCAUGAAAGAGGAAAUGAUGAUUUCCAGUGUUGACCAUUGGAGGAAUAAAAUGUUUUUUUUUUUU